UGCAUUAAACAAAACACACACACACACGCACGCACGGACGGACAGUUGUCAUGUCUGCAGUUUGACGGUGUCGGUGGAGAACAGCAGUGCGGCGGCGGCACUUCCUCCUCUUCACCAGCUCCUUCAAACACUAUCAACGUUUCCUGAACGUCGACGAAGCCCAAGUGGAAACCGUCCGGUGAGAAAUGGCAGAGGGAGGCUUUGACCCUUGCGAGUGCAUCUGCACUCAGGAGUACGCAAUGAGACGCCUCAUCAACCUGCUGAGGCAAUCUCAAUCCUACUGCACAGACUCAGAGUGCCCUCAGGAAUUGCCAGUUCCCGGUGGGCCGGUCGGAGGAGGAGGGGAUUUGACCCUCUCCAUGGUGCUGAUGGGAUGGGUGAUUGUGGCUCUGGCCCUGUUCCUGCUGCGUCCAUCCAGUCUGAGGGGUCCCUUUACCAGAGGCAAACCCACUGGACCCCACAAUAGCGAUAGAGGAGAACCCCCAGCGCCUCCUAUUGACUAGCUGCGGAGCCACACUACCAGCACUCCUCCACCUGCUCUGACGAGCUGCACAGUUGGCUACUAACUGUGACCAAGACGGCAUCAUCUCCUUGUCCCUUCAUUCAAAUAUCUUUUGCUUUCUUUCUUUUUCUAAGACCAAAGUAUUGUUGGGUAUAUCUGUCUUUGAAUCUCGUUGCUAGAUCACAAUUGAUAUUGGAUUUAUGAGGCCAAUGCUGAUGAUAUUUGGGAGUUUAAGAACAUUUGAGUAUAAUGAUCAAUUGGAAUUUCUUACUAAAACAUAUCACACAAACAUUUUUGGCAGUCAUUCUGUUACAGCUCUGGUCCUUUUUGACAUGUUUAAUACAAUUUCAUAAUAACCAAAAAUACACAUCGAAGAAAAAAAUAUCUUGAAUUGAAAGAAAAAUGGUUUUGCACAUAUACUAACAUAUUGAUAGAAUGUGACAGUGAAAAGACAGUUUUAACUGAUAAUCUUGGCCGACAAUAUCAGUAUGUUGACAGAUCAGUUGGGUUCUACGUUGUACUUCACCGAAUCUUAAAUGUGGAGUGGUGGCAUGCUUCUGAGUCAGUCCCUGAUCUCCCCUCUGGUGCAGACUGAUCUUCAGAAAUGGAGAAGUGAGAUCAAAAUGAAGGCAUGUGUCACAUGGGUUGGGGAAGAAGAGUGAGGUAGCAGUGUGUCUUUGUUGGGGAGUUAAAUUGUCAUUCUGGUUUUUGCUGCGUAAUGAGGGUCACAGGUUCUUCAGACUCUGAAACAUUCCUCUAUUUCCACUUGAAAGUCUCUAAACAGUGCCAGUAAUAUUGCCAUAUCACAUUUCAUAGCACAUUCAAACCAGCACAAUGACUUUUUGAUAAUUUAAUAAAUGUUAUUUGAGUAGAAAUAUUUCUGAAUUAGGAUUGAGUUUACAAUGACAUGGCAUAUUGAUAUUAAUGCAGUGAGUUGAUAUUCUGUGUGUUUACAUCCAGAUUACAUGUUCACUACAUGUUCACACAUCCAGGUGUUUCGGAGCAACAUUGGCAUGAAUUUGGAGUCGUAUCUGUGUCCGCCUGAUGAAUAGAAUUCUAAUAUCCUCUCUUAGCUCUGGUUUUGGUCUCUACUGUUUCCUGAGGGAAAUAUCCGUCUCUUUAGCUGCCAAAUGCUCAACUGUGUUCAGAGGAAAAAAUACAUUUGCAAUAAGUCUUGUUUAAAACGUGAACAAAGGGUCUGAUGCACAUUCUUUAUACUUCUUUACAGGCAAACAGGGUUUAAUAGGUCUGAUCAUUGUAAUCAUUAUAUAAACUGUAUAAUCCACUUUAACCAUAAAGACAAUUCUGUGUACUGUAAUUAUUUUGUUGCUAAAUGAAGAAAAAGAUAAUUGUAUACUGACAGUUGUAUAAGUAGUCAAAUAGCACUUCUGUUGUGGUAUCUUGAUUAAUGUUGAAGGUGAGUUGUAAAGAUUAAGCCGUGUGGGGAUGAGCGCCUGCUCUUCUUUUCUUACUUAGAAUCGCAGCAGUCUGUGAUUACUGGGAUCAAUCCAAAGUUUAUAUUCACAACUUCUGUAUCAUAAUGUAUGUCCAACGAAUGAAGAAGGAAAUGAAAAGGUGCAUUUUCAAACCGUGCCAAUGUAAUUUUAUGGUGUUGGUCUCAGUACUGACUUUCACUUUUAUUUUGGACUUGUUUUUUUUUAAAUUUUAUUCAGUAUAAUAUCUGUGCUAAAUAAGUGAUUGAAUAUACAUCUGAAUUACUUGAAGGUGUUUCAAUUGAAGGUUGAAAUAGUGAAGUGAAAAAUAGAAACCCUUUCAUGCAUACCAAUACCUUUGGUACAGUCUUGAAAUAGGUUUGCUGAUUUGUUCUGUGUUUUAUUUGUCACUAUUAUGUGAAAUUUGUUAUGCCACUAUCAUGGAAACAUGAACGUGUAUCCCAGUCUUACUUUCCAAGGCAUCUCAUCAGAAAUGAAUGUCAUUAGUCUUACAAUUAUUUGUAAGAUGCAUUUUGAGAUUGCUUUUAACAAUGAAAAGUGCUCUAUAAAUGAAAUUAUAAUUAUAAUUAAAGGAUGUUUUUGAAUCUGGACAUGAUCUGCAACAACUGUGGGAUCCCAACUGUCUUCGGUGACUUCACUUCCAAAUCAGCAAAUCUCCUCUUAUGUUUUUUAAUACAUCUUUCUUGGCUUCUAGACUUUUGUUGUAGACUCAGAAGAGACAGGGAUGAGAUAUAAGAUGGAACAUCUUGGACAAACCAUGAGUAGUUAUAUAUUAUGAAGGGGGAAAAAAUAGAUAGUUGAGAUGAACAACUGGACAUCUGGUACCACUGGAGACCUUGAUUUACACUGUUAAUUAUUAAGAGUAAAAGGGCUUCAACUAUGCACUUUUCCUAUAACAAAACAAAAUAAAAAAAAUCAGUCUUA